AUGAGCGAGAGCACCCCAGCUUCUGGAAGCACGAGCAGCAGCUCCGGUGUAAGUGGAGAGUCAAGCACGGCCUCUGGCACCAUGAGCUCCGGAAUGAGCGAGAGCACUCCAGCUUCUGGAAGCACGAGCAGCAGCUCCGGUGUAAGUGGAGAGUCAAGCACGGCCUCUGGCACCAUGAGCUCCGGAAUGAGCGAGAGCACUCAAGGGACUGGAAGCACAAGUAGCAGUGCAGAAAUGAGUGAAGAGACAAGUACGGCUCCUAGUACUGUGAGCUCCGAGUCCAAGGUAUAUCCUGGGAACGACCUCCGACCUAUGACAGCAUUUCCCGUACACGAUACCCUGAUUGCUUUUGGCAUCCUAUUUCAACAAGAAUGUGGAAAGAAAAAGAAUGAACAGGUUCAAAUAAAUAUCCAUAGUCCAACACAUCAGGAACAACGAGCAGUCCAACAACUCCAAGCACCAGCACCAGCACAAGCACCAGCACCAGCACCAGUACGAGCACCAGCUCCACUACCAGCACCAGCACGACCACGACAACAACAUCGACAACAACAUCCACAAUCUCGGCUUGCACAAGGUUUGGUCAAGAACAAAAACGGAAAAGAUCUGCCACAAGCAAGCAACAUGCUAAGACUGCUAUACAACUGCGACCUGGAGAACAGUGCUGUUAGUUCUGCUACAAGAUGUUCGGGAAAUCCCAUGCCAUCACUACCCUCUGACAUACAGGAGAACGUCUAUUUGGUGCCGGCAAGUGCUGGGGCUCAAAAUCCUCAAGAUGCAAUCAUUGUGAUGGCCUGGGCAACUACCCAGUAUUUUGGUUGUGCUGUCGUUUCUUGUGGAGAUAGCCAAUGGUCUGCUGUGUGUCACUAUAAACCCGGAGGCAAUAUAUUGAAUGAACAUCUCUACGAGAAGGGUACUCCGUGUUCGGCUUGCCCCUCUGGCGACACUUGCGACCCCGAAUAUCUUUGUGUUCCUCCCGGUGCAUCACCUCUUUUUCUCUAG